GUUGAGUGUUUCCUUUUUCUUACAAAAACCCUUUUUUCCCUUUUGUGUCUCCUCCUUUUCUUCUGCAACAUAAAAAAAAAAGCCUCCACUACACCUUUCUCUCUCUUCCCUUCUCUCUCCGCCCCCUUCUCCUCUCUCUCUCUCUCAUCCACUUUCUCUCUUAUUUCCAUCACCACCGUCAAACUCCAUCUAUCUAUCCUAACUCUUGACUCUUGAGGUGCUACUACUAUCAAAUAAAUAAAUAAAUAAAAAAGAAAUCAUGUCAGGUUUGUAUAAUCCGAACUUUUCACCGGCAAGAGCUGUAUCUCCUCAGAUUAGAAGUGCCGCCGCUGCCCCUGAUGACAGUCAGUACCUGACGGAGUUGUUGAAUGAGCACCAGAAAUUGGGUCCUUUCAUGCAAGUCCUCCCUAUAUGCAGCCGCCUCUUAAAUCAAGAAAUAUUGAGGGUUUCUGGUAUGUUGCCUAGCCAAGGGUUUGGUGACUUUGACAGACGACAACAUAGGAGCCCGAGUCCUAUGGCAUCUACAAAUAUAGUUUCUAAUAUUCAUGGUGGUGGAUAUGGUGGAUGGAACGGCCUCCAUCAGGAGAGACUGAGUGGUCCACCUGGAAUGUCAAUGGACUGGCAAGGGGCACCGGCGAGCCCUAGCUCGUAUACCGUGAAAAAAAUAUUGCGGCUGGAAAUACCAGUAGAUUCAUAUCCUAAUUUUAAUUUUGUCGGUCGACUUCUGGGACCCAGAGGAAAUUCUCUGAAACGUGUUGAAGCAUCGACUGGCUGCCGUGUGUACAUUAGAGGGAAGGGAUCAAUUAAAGAUCCAGACAAGGAAGAGAAGCUUCGAGGAAGACCUGGUUAUGAACACCUGAAUGAGCCGCUACACAUUUUGAUUGAGGCUGAUAUGGCUCCCAAUAUGGUUGACAUAAAGCUGCACCAGGCUAAAGAAAUUUUAGAAGAAUUGCUAAAGCCUGUGGAUGAAUCGCAAGACUUCUACAAAAGGCAGCAGCUUAGAGAGCUGGCCCUGCUGAACUCAAAUUUUAGAGAAGAUAGUCCUGGUCCAAGUGGAAGUGUAUCUCCUUUCAAUACUAGUGGGAUGAAGCGAGCAAAAACAGGACGUUGAAGAAUUAUACUUGUAUUUAUGAGUCAUGGAGCUGCAAUGAUAUGCGUCAUGUAACGUCAAAGGGCUCACCUCCCAAAGUGUUCGAUUGUUGAUUGAGCACAACAGCUGCAUAUAGGGCAAAAGUUGGUGGUGGUGAGCUAAUUUGAUGGGUCAUUUCCCGUCGGUUUUUCCUCCCUUACUCCUCUAUUUGCCUUCUCUCGGUUUUUAUUUUCCUUUUUUUUUCUAAUCAAUUUUAUUUGGAGAAACAGUCUGGAAAGGGUAAAAAGGAAGAACAAAGAAACUAUUUCCAAAAGAAAAAAAAAAGGGAAAGGUGAUUAUAGUGGUUUUUGGGUCAAGUUUCUUUUAUUUUUGGGCACUAUGUCAGGUUCGUUGUAAGUUGUAAGCUAUUAUAUUCAUUGGAUUUAUUCAUGUGUUAGCAAACGUGAACAGUGUGGGUAUAUAAAUAUAAGUAUUGCGCAUUAGUUUUGGUA